CGAGCGAGUUCGGAACCAGACUGCUAUAGCCUUUCAGAUGCCCCGUCGUCGCCUUCUGCCGUUUCAAUCACGAGUUUUCAAGAAGCACGGCUUCGGGAACAGGAGGACUUAGGGCGAUAUAGCCCCCGAAGCGCCGUCGCUCGCCGCUUGGGAGAACUCGCUAUCCGCGGAGAUCAUUUCUCCAAUUACGAGAGCCCAAGUGGCCAUUCGCAGGAACCAGGACAAACAAAAUGCUGGCUUGGUCCAUAUAGCGGCUUUCAUAAUAUGUCUGGACCGUUAUCUGUUGCAGAAAGCGAUCCCAAUCAGAGUGGGACGCAUGACUCUUCCGCAAAAACUCAACCGGAGAACAAACCCCAAACCACGCCUACACCGUCUCCGAAGAAACAAUCAGUCUCAAGCCCCCGCAGGAAACGAAAUCCAAUAGCUACAUCAAAGGCGCGCAAUCAACGGAGGUCAUCCCCGCCCCUUGCUGCGAGUGCAACCGAAAAUCCGCUUACAUGGCAUGAUUCCGAGAUUACUGGGCACAACCCAACCGACCCGACCGACGAUGGCUAUGGUAUCAAUGGAGUUGGGUUUAAACCAACAGCAGCAAUGGCCUGGGCUAGGUCGCAGAGAAGACAACGGCAGGUUGCCGAUUGGAAGAGUCGCGAGGCACGGGAUGCUCGAGAAAGGCGAAGAGAGAGGCGCGAUGGCCAUGAAACGGACAAAAUGCGCACUAUACAAAAUGGUGCUAUCCAAAAGAGGGUCAAAUUCGAA